AUGGCGAACAACAAUUUCACGGGCCCUAUGCCGACCUCUCUCGAAUCCCCAAAGCUCAUAGAGUUGAGGCUCGAGAACAAUGGUUUUACGGGUCAUAUUCCCCUGAUCAGCUCCGAACAUCUUAAGAUAAUCGACGUCUCGAACAAUCAGUUGGAAGGCCCGAUUCCCGCGCCUCUAAGGAACAUGAAUCCAGCUUCCUUCUCGGGCAACAAGGCAUUGUGUGGGGCGCCUCUCGACACGCCGUGCCCGCCCGUCGUCAGUGAGCCAGACGCCGACGACACCGCCACAAAAACCGAUAACACGAAGCUCCGCACAGCCGUCAUUGUCAUCUCCAUCCUGGCGGCACUUUUCGCCGUGGCCACCGUUCUCCUCCUCCUCAUCGCCGCCAACCGCCGCCGCCGCAACGGCCACGGCCACCACCACACCCCCAGACUCGGCCGCGCCGUCCCUCCCGACCGAGACGUCGAGGCCAGCAGCAACGUUGCCACCCUCGGCGUCUCCGCCACGAAAAAACCAUCUCCGAAGCCCGGCGGUGGAUCCCCCGGAAACAAGCUCUCGUUCGUUUCCGAUGAACGGCGCGCGACUUUCGAGCUCCACGACCUCAUGACGGCCUCCGCGGAGGUCCUAGGAAGCGGCAACUUGGGCGCGUCGUACAAGGCGGUUCUCCUCGACUCCCCCUCGCCCCUCGUGGUGAAGCGGUUCAAGCAGAUGAGUUCGGUCCCGCGCGGCGACUUUUUCGAGCACAUGGCUCGACUUGGAGGCCUCCGCCACCCGAACCUCCUCCCCCUCGUCGCCUACCUCUACCGAAAGCACGAGAAGCUCCUCGUCUUCGACUACGCCGCCAACGCUAGCCUGGCUGCCCACCUCCACAACGGAGCCCCGACACUCCCUUGGCCCACCCGACUAACCAUCCUACGUGGCGUAUGCCGAGGCCUAGCCUACCUCCACCGAGAGCUCCCGACACUCAACCUACCCCACGGACACCUCAAGUCCUCGAACGUGCUGCUCGAUGGGGAGUUUAAUCCGCUGCUUGCCGACUACGCGCUCUCCCCUGUGAUAAACCCGGAGCAGGUGCACCAGAUUUUGGUGGGGUACAAAGCGCCGGAGCACGGGAAGAAGGGACAGGUCAGCAGGAAGGCGGACGUGUGGUGUUUAGGGGUGCUGAUGCUGGAGGUGCUGACAGGGAAGUAUCUGGAUCACGGGUCGGGUUCGGUGGACUUGACGGGCGGGUUUGUAAAUGGGAUUGUGGGGGAAGGAGCUGAGGUGGCAUUCGACAAGGACAUGGCCGCCAUUGACGAGGAGGAGAUGAAGAAGGUUCUGGAGAUUGCAAAGGAGUGUUGCCGGGAGGAACCGGAGAAGAGGCUGGAUAUGGAGGAGGUGGUCCGGCGGGUCGAGCAGAUUCACAAGGAGUGCUGA